AUAGAAUGUGUGGAAGGUAACAACAAGGAUUCAUGUUGUAAAAGCUGCAUUUCAAAAUUUGGUAAAGAAAAAGAAACAGAUUUUAAUUCUCGAGUCAGUAAAUUAUUUAUCUCUAAUAUACACGAAUGUUCAGCUUGUGUUUCUAACAGUAAUGCUAAUGAUGACGUCUCUAAUAAUGAUUGUACAGAUAAUUACAAUGACGUCUGUGAUAAGUGCACUGCUUGUGAUUCGAUAUAUGUCUGUUUUGGGAGAUUCUUUUCAACUCAAACAAGUAGAUGCAAAGAAAUGUCCAAAAAGGACGUUAGUUCUAUUUUACCAGGUAAUAAGCUAAUUGUGACACAGAUUUCGUCGACCGUGUCCCCUUCGUUAUUGACUGAAGAGAAAAGUUCCAGAAAUACAUUAUCCUCUAGCGAAAGUAAAGAAUCUUCAAUCAUGAUACAGAAUAACAAUACAGAUUCACCGUUAGCCUAUGUGGGGACCGCCUUAGGAGGAGUGAUAUUUGGAUCAAUCGUAACAUCCUUUGUCUGCAUUUAUCUCCUCAGAAGAUCACAAAGAGACAGAAAAAGGAUUAGAAUGCAGGAAAAAGGGAUUCAUCAAAUCCGAAAUUACACUCACCAUUACCUUUCAAAGCCAUUGGGACAGGGUCAUGGUAAUAGUGGAAAUGAAAUAUACUGCGAAAUUGAAGAUAAAAAGGGAAAUUCAAAAGCCCUGUUUCAUGAAACACCGACUAAGAAGAGUCAAACAGUCCCCGAUACCAAUGAUGGUGUGUACAGCCACUUGAAUGAAACGAAUCAAGAUGCAGCGGAUAGAAGUGAGUACUACGAUCACGUGAAACCAUUGCAAGGAUCGUCGGUAAAUGUACCGACACCAUCUCAUGGAUACGGCACUGUGACUGUUGUUAACGAUGGAAAUGUUAAACGUUCAGAGGAUGGUGAAUCCAUUGAUGAUAAGGACAAAUCAAGUGAAAAAGCCGCAGCAGAUGAAUAUUUUGUACUAGAAAAAGUACAGUAAUUUUUUCUCUCAGUUUUGAACCUCUUGGGAUAUUACGUUUCACAAACGUUGUCAUUUUGUCAAAUACGGAUAACCCUAUAUGUGUACAUGGUGAAUUUUGAUUUUAUGUAGAUAUUUAAUCCAUUUCAAAUUUAUUCUACAGUAUCUGUAUGAGCAUGUAUGCUUAACACAAAUUUAGCAAUUGUGUUUUUUGUACACAAUAUUUUUAAAUUUGCAGAUAACCAAUGAAAAGUAUGCACUCAAAUAAAAUGUUGUAAGCUAAGGCAGACUAAAAAAAAUACUCAAAGUUAUUAUGGAUUUUCCAGUAAUUAAAUCCUGGUAGAAAAUUGAAAGGCUUUGGAAAACCACCAACGGAUGAAAUUACAUUGAUGGAAUAACAUAUGAUGACAAAUAGAGUAUAUUGCUUACAGUUGCCCCCCCCCCCA